AUGUGCGGGUUAGAAGAAGGGGAUUUUCCGGGGGAAGUGAGUUUUCCGGCGGUGUUCCGAUGCGUUCGGGUGAGCUCGAUAGACAAUGUGGUGGAUCAAUACGCGUACCAGACGUCGGUUAGCAUUGGAGGGCAUGUGUUCACAGGCAUUUUGUAUGACCAGGGUGCAGAACCGGAGGGAACUGUAAAUUAUGUAACUGGAGGGAGCUCUUCUUCAGGUGGUGGUGGUGGUGGUAUUGGUUUAUUGCAGCAGCAUAAUUUUGUCGGUGGCGGUGGUGGUGGUGCCGCCGGUAACACUGGUACAACUCCCUCUUCAUAUCCUACUCCUAGCCCUUUCUAUGCUUUCACUAGUUCACAGUUCUUUCAGUACCCUAAAUCUUGA